GACGUCGCUCAGGGAUACAGGCUAGAGUUGUCCCCGGUUGACGAUGGGCCCGUCAGCUACCCCGGCUGCCCCCGUCACUCAACUUCUCAAGGCAACAAGCUCCACAGACACAGACCAGCCAUCAUGCCGCGCACCAUGCUCUGCCGCCUGGCUGUUCUGUUAUCGCUCAUGACAAGCGCCAUUGCUCCGGUCGACGCGGCCAAGGACAACGACCGCUUCAUCAUCGAGUACGCCAAGCACGUGCGGCGCAACGAGGCGCAGGUGUUCGCCUCCAAGGUUGCCGCUGUCGCGUCGUGGGAGAGCGAGGUCUUCAGGGGCGCGGCCGUCGAUUCCCAGGGCCACACGCUCGAGUCGCUUCAGGCCAUGCCCGAGGUUGCUCGCGUAUGGUACAACCGUGAGAUCCUUCUCGAAAACGCAGGCCUGAGUAUGACCUUUGCCGACGACUCUGCGUACCUCAACUACUCGACCCACCGCGUCACGGGUGUUGAGGCCUUGCACCAGCAGGGCAUCUUGGGGCAGGGCGUCAAGGUCGGAAUUAUCGACACGGGCGUCGAUUAUACACAUUAUGCGUUGGGUGGUGGGAUCGGGGCUGGGUUCAAAGUGGCCGGCGGUUACGACUUUGUGGGAGACGGAGACUGGCCAAGCGGCCCCAAGCAGCCAAACAACGACCCCAGGGACAGGACCGGCCACGGCACCCACGUCGCCGGCAUCCUUGCCGGCAGCUCGACCCUGUUCAGGGGCGUGGCACCCGACGCAACCAUAUACGCCUACAAAGUGCUUGCGAGCCAGGGCUUUACCGACGACGCCACCGUCAUCGACGCUCUCCUAGGGGCCUUCGAUGAUGGCAUGGACGUCAUCACCGCCAGCAUGGGCGGUACCAGCGGGUGGCCCGACAGCCCAUUAGCCGUGGUCGCCUCUCGGCUUGUCGACCGGGGCGUCGUAGUUACAAUGGCCCAGGGCAACAAGGGCUUCGCCGGGCCAUUCCACGGCGGCACCGGCUCCGAGGGUAAAAAUGUGCUCGCGGUGGGCUCCGUAAAUGCCGAGUCGGGCGCCGUAUCGCGCUUCCAAGCCACGUUUUGGGAGCUCGAUGGCUCCACAAAGACGUUCCAAGUAGGCUACCUGCCCGGCAACGGCUACUGGGCAGAACCCAACGGCUGGCCCAUUGUGCCCAUGACUCUGGAUACCACCGUGACCGAUGAUGCCUGCGAACCCUACCCUCCGGGAACAGCCAAUCUCACCGGCGUCAUCCCUUUGGUCCGCCGCGGUACCUGCUCGCCCGACAUCAAGAAGAACAACCUGCUCGCGCUUGGGGCCGAGUACGUCCUGCUUUACAACGAUGCGAGGGAAAUCAGGAAGCCCUACACAACCGACUUGAGCAACUACGUCGCCAUUAUAACCAGCGACUGGGGCGAGGCCAUCGUCCAUGCCGUGGCUGCAGGCUACGAGGUCACGGCCGACUUUUCCGACGGCUUCGUACCCUUCGACGCCUGGCCGCGCAGACAGAACGACUACCCGAGCGACUUUACCUCGUGGGGCGGCAGCAACGAGCUCGCCUUCAAGCCUGAAAUCUCAGCGCCCGGCGGCGACAUCUUCAGCACCUGGCCCGACAACCUCUACGGCGUCUCGAGCGGCACGAGCAUGGCGACGCCAUACAUCGCCGGGGUCGCCGCGCUGUACAUCAGCAAGCACGGCGGGAGGGAAAAGCACGGGCCUGGGUUCGCCAGGAUGCUCUCGCGGCGCAUCAUCUCGAGCGGCGAGGGGGUUCCCUGGUACGACGGCAGGGCGGACCACAUGUUCGCGCCGACGGCGCAGGUCGGCGCCGGACUGGUCAACGCGGUCAAGGUGGUGGGCUCGACGACGACGCUCGACUUUGACCCCAUCUCGCUCAACGACACGGCCCACUUUGCCGCCACGCACCGCGUCACGGUGCGCAACGACGCCGACAAGCCCGUCACGUACAACUUCUCCCUCGUCGCCCAUGCCGGCGUCAACAUCUUCCAGGAGCUCGACGCGUCCGGCUUCUCGCCCCGCAUCAAGGACCUGGAGGAGCUGUCGCCCGUCUACAUGGUGCCGACCGCGUCCCUCCCGGACCCCCUGACGCUGCAGCCGGGCGAGUCCAAGCAGGUCAGCGUCACGUUCGCCAAGCCCUCGUUCGGCGACCCGCGCAACCUGCCCCUGUACGGCGGCAAGAUCCUCGUCAGCCGCGACGACAGCGACGAGGUCCUGGGCGUGCCGUACAUGGGGCUCGCGGCGGACCUCAAGGCCGAGAUGGCCGACAUGUUCAUGCAGGACACGGCCAACGCGACGCACUUUUGGACGCUGGAGACGCUGGACCAGAAGCCCGGGCUCAACUUCAGCCUGUGGCGGGACGUCGACUUCUUGCUGCUGGAGCCGCAGCUCAAGUGGGCCACGCGGGAGCUGCGCCUCGACAUCUUCAGUCCCGGGUACGACGAGCGCCGCUGGACCUGGCCGCCCGUCCCGGGCCUCAACGGGUACGUGGGCUCGGCUGCAUACUACCGCCUGUCCAGCGACGCCAGCUGGAACCCCUACGGCAACCCAGACCCGAGGGAUGCCGUCUCGUUCCCGGUGCGGAACCUGUUCCGCAACGCCGUCACCACCGACUACAGGUACAGCUACAUGUGGCAGGGCCUGCUGGCCAAUGGGUCGCAGAUCGAGCUGGGCAGCUACGUGUUGCGCUUCGCGGCACUGCGGCCGUUUGGGAACCCGAACAAGCCUGAGGAUUGGUCCGUCUAUUCGCGCCCGUUUGAGGUGCUGGGCAAGUUUGGGCCGAGUCCUUACUCUGGUUUGUGA